AAUAAUUAUAAUAAAAAAGGGCAGACGACUGCGAAUUUUUUUUUGUUUCUUUCUUGUUCGAUCACUUCAUUUGUUCAGAUCAAAACUCAUAAAUCCACCUCCGUUUCUCUCUUUCCCUCCAUCGCUAACAAAUCACUACCGAUCAUCCCAUUUCUAUGAUGUCCAGUUUGCUGCACCGCUAAUCGGCUCAUAUCGAUAUUCAAUCUACAAUCAUCGGAGGGCAUUAAUUGAGACUGUUAGUCAGCGAGCGAAAUCAUUCUUUUGCUCGCUCGUCAUCGCCAUCAAUCAAAUCCUUUCAGCGACGGAAAACCACAACAUUUUCUCAUUAAUUACCUGUAUAGUUUAUCUGGAUACUUGUUUGGGUUUGUAUGGCGCUUUCACGUCUCCGACAUCCGGUGAUCUCGCGGGCUCCGUCGAUCAUCAGAGCUCGACUCCUUUCUUCUUAUGGCUCCUCCGGGUCAUUCCAUCGCACUUCGAGCGGGCAAAACUCUUUUUGGGACAUCAAUGACUCUCUUUUAAGGCCUACUUCCUUUCCUAGGUGCCCUGGAGCACAUGAUGGGUCCUUAAAGCUCAAGUUGCAAAUGGGCAUUCGGCAGUUUUCAUCUGCAGAACCUCCUCCACAUACAGUUCUUGGGAUGCCGGCUUUGUCCCCUACAAUGAAUCAAGGUAACAUAGCAAAAUGGAGGAAAAAGGAAGGAGAUAAGAUAGAAGUGGGCGACGUGCUAUGUGAAAUAGAGACUGAUAAAGCUACACUAGAGUUCGAAAGCCUUGAGGAGGGAUUUAUGGCUAAGAUUCUGGUGCCUGAUGGGUCGAAGGAUGUGCCUGUUGGACAACCAAUUGCCAUAGUGGUUGAGGAUGCAGAUGAUAUUCAAAAUAUCCCUGCUUCUGUUGGGGCUAAAUCACAGGUUAAAGAAGAAAAAUCGACUCAUCAGGGCACCAAACCUAAAGGUAGCACACAAGAAACUAAUAACCCUAAAAUCAGUGCAUCAGAUCUUCCUUCUCAUGUUAUUCUUGGAAUGCCAGCACUCUCCCCAACAAUGAAUCAAGGUAAUCUUGCCAAAUGGAGGAAAAAGGAAGGUGACAAGAUAGAAGUGGGUGAUGUGAUAUGUGAGAUAGAAACAGAUAAAGCUACUCUAGAAUUUGAAAGUCUUGAAGAGGGGUAUUUGGCCAAGAUCCUAGCACCUGAAGGUUCAAAAGAUGUAGCUGUUGGAGAACCUAUUGCAAUUACAGUUGAAGAUCUGGAAGAUAUUGAAACUGUUAAAUCUUCUCUCGGUUCUGAGUUCAAAGGAGGUUCUGAGGUGAAAGGGGUAAAAUCUUCUUAUCAUGAACCCAAAGAAGUUCAAGAGCAGAAAUCCAGUUUUACGAAGAUCAGUCCCUCUGCUAAGUUGCUUAUUUCAGAAUAUGGACUUGAUACAAAGUCAUUGAAGGCUACAGGGCCCCGUGGGACUCUACUGAAAGUGGAUGUUUUGGCGGCAAUUAAGUCUGGGAAAGGACCUGUAAAAGCUUCAUCUGCUAAGGAGAAGAAAGAUCCAUCACCUCAAACCCAUAAACAAGCUUCUUCCACAGCAUCCCCUGAGUCGAAGUCUGGCAUAAAGCAAGUUGAUUCCUAUGAAGAUUUUCCCAACAGUCAAAUUCGCAAGGUUAUUGCUAAAAGAUUGUUGGAAUCAAAACAGACUACACCACAUUUGUAUCUGUCCUCAGAUGUUGUAUUGGAUCCUCUUCUUUCAUUUAGGAAGGAGCUUAAAGAGAACCAUGAUAUUAAAGUUUCUGUUAAUGAUAUCGUGAUCAAAGCAGUGGCAGCUGCCCUGAAAUCUGUACCAGAAGCUAAUGCUUACUGGAAUGCUGAUAAAGGGGAAGUUGUUCUAUGUGAUACCGUUGACAUAUCAAUUGCUGUUGCUACUGAGAAGGGCUUAAUGACUCCAAUUGUUAGGAAUGCUGAUCAAAAAUCCAUUUCAGCAAUCUCCUUAGAGGUCAAGGAGCUAGCAGAGAGGGCACGGGCGGGGAAACUUCUUCCUGUUGAAUUUCAGGGAGGAACUUUCAGCAUUUCAAACCUGGGAAUGUUUCCAGUAGACCACUUUUGUGCAAUUAUCAACCCGCCUCAGGCUGGCAUCCUUGCUGUGGGUAGAGGAAACAAAGUUGUUGAACCAGUAAUUGGAAAUGAUGGAAUCGAGAGACCCGCAGUUUUGACAAAAAUGAACCUGACUUUAUCUGCCGAUCAUCGUGUAUUUGAUGGAAAAGUUGGAGGUGCAUUUCUCACAGCACUGUGUUCAAACUUCAGCGAUAUUCGAAGACUUCUUCUGUGAUUUGUGUCCAAUUACUAGUUUCGAUUCCAAGAGAUAAGCCUCUCUAAGGAUAGGUCACCAUAUCUAGCUAGAAAUUUCAGUGCAAUGCCAAAUUCCAUAACUGUUGCCAUUGCUGAGCCAAGAUUACCUAAUUUAUGCGGAUUCAUUGAUAAACUUUUUGAACAGAGAGACAAGUUUUUAAGCGCAAUUUGUGACCGAUAGCUCUUAGGCCAGUUGGUAUCAUUUCCUUUGGAAAUCAUCCUGCUCAGUUUUGAGUAUUGUCCCAAGCCGGAUAGGCUGCAAAAGAUGGGGAAUGUACAAAUCUACAAGGGAUCUUGCAUCUCAAUAGGAUCCCGCUUUCCAGGUUUUCAUAUUUUUUAUUUGGAAAAAUAAAUCAAGAGCUAUUUUUUAAAAAUGAAAAGUUAGCAUAUGUGAAUUAAUAAGCUUCAACAGUAGAAGCAAUAAAUUUCUUUACAUGAGCAAUGUCUUGUUUAUAAUGAGAUUGCAGAGAAGGAUUUGACAAUGUGAUUGGUGUACCCCCUUCCAUUUCUCCAUGCCAAUUAUAUAAUACACUCACUCCUUGGUCUCUGUA